CUCAUGUCGACUCCCAUGCCUAAACGGCCGUCAAUGCACACCAUUGAGUCCAGCGUGACCCGGCUCUUGGUCUCGACGAAACACCUCCUCGGCAGUCUCACGCUGUGGGCGCAAGCAAAGGCGCUGGAGGGCGACGUCUCGGACGCAUAUGUGCAGCUCGGCAACGAGUUCAAAAUCGCAUGCAAGGCGUUUACCAACGCCGGGGUAGAUGUCUCAGACCUUGGUGACGUUCCCCAAUCGCUUCGUGUGGUCCUAGAGGAGGCGUUGUGCGAGCCGCCAUCGCAACAGAGCCUCGACCUGUUUUUGCCAGUGAUCCGUGAAAUCAUCAUCACGCUAUUAAAGAAUCUCAAGAAGAAGCAGGAGGAUGUGCGCACGAUGAGCGCACGGAGAUCCGUUUCCGGCCCCCCAGACAUGCCUAUCCACGCUCGCUCCAGUUCCACCACCAGCAACCAGUCCAAUGUAAUUUUUACUGAUCCAAGUGCCCUGCGGAUGCCACCGCUGGUCUCGGACGACGAAACCUCCACGCGUGACGCGUUGGAAAAGCUCCAGAACGGUGACACGCUCCAACGGCGAGCGUCCAAGCGGUUCUCCGCGUACCAGUACGCAAAGCUCACCAACUAUUCUCCCGUAAAUGACCCCCUGUUGCCCAAGAAGAUGGAAAAGAAGUUCAGCGCCUUGCCUGAGGUCCCGGAAGAGUCGCCGCGCAGGCCGGCAUCGCCAGGAAACGCCACCAUCUUUAUGAAGGUUCAGCACCGCACCAAGAAAGUGAAUGUCCAUCUUCCGGUGACGCUAGCGUCGCUCCGAUUGACGUUUGUGGAGAAGUUUGCGUAUUCCCCGGGGUCAGAGCUGUUUCCCGACAUCUACAUCCAGGACGCGUCGGGGGUUUCAUACGAGCUCGAGGAGCUGGCAUUGGACAGCGUGGUGGACGGCACGUUGGUGCUGCUCAACGAGCCCGACGCAGGCGCAGCCAUCGCACGCAGUGUGGAGACGCAGUUCGCUGCGCUUAAGGCGGAAGUCGCUCAGGCCAACGCAGCGCUCCUCCAGGAGAUUAAAUCGGCAGUAGAAGAGGUUAGGACACAAAGAGAGACUAACGAAAGACAAGCUGCGGAUAUAGAUGCGAAGCCUUUGGCGUCGGCCUUGGCUCCAGCUUCGCUUAAGGACCUCCGCGCGAUCGGGGAUAUUCGCCGCGAAUUGGCCGUUUUACGACAGCUCAACACCACCAACAAAGAUAUCGUGAAGCAGGCUAUCACUGGUAUUCUAACCCGCCUCCAGACGUUCCAGGCGGCGGCAACGACGUCGAAAUCGUCCGGCAGAACGUACAUGGAGGGUUGCCACGCGAAGCUCUCACAAGACUCGGACGAGUUGUUGACCAAGGUGGACGACUUGCAGGAUGUCAUUGAGGCGUUGCGCAAGGAUGUAGUGGCGCGCGGGGUGCGGCCGUCGGACAAGCAGCUCGCGCUGGUGGCGAAGGAGAUGGCCGGGGCCAACGCGGACUUGUCGCUGAUGGGAGCGUAUAUUCUGAAGGAAAAGGCCCGCUGGAAGCAGAUCUGGGAGGCGGAGUUGGAUACCGUUUGUGAGGAGCAGCAGUUCUUUGCGUUGCAAGAGGACUUGAUGCAUGACUUGGUCGAGGAUUUAGCCAAGGCGUUGGAGACGUUUAACUUAGUCGAGCAGUGCUCGGAUGAGCAGAACAAGAACCCACGCAUCCGAUCAGUGGCCAACCAUUUGCCGGUCCCCGAACCGGGAAGCAUGAAUCUCAGACGCGACGCGUUGUUGUCUGAGGUGGCAGCGUUGACUCCGAACCACGAGAGCAGGAUCGAGGCAAUCGAGCGCGCGGAGCGGAUGCGCCAGCGCGACUUGGAGUUGCGCGCGGUGGACAAGUUCGAAGAAGAACUUGGCGGGUUUGUGGAGAACAACAUGUUGAAGAAGUCGGGGGGGAUCGAGGAGAUUGAGCGGUUACGGCGGUUGAAGGAUGAGGAAAAUUUGAGGAAUAUGGGGCAGCCGUUCUAAAAACUGCCAUCGGAGAGCCUACCUGGAAAUAGUUGGUCGUCCUUUGGAUGGCUGUCGGUGAUAGUACUCUGGGGAUGUUCUUCUCCGAAUGAGUUUUUGUUGGCGAUUAAGCUAGCCUGGUGCAUGAGUAUUGCACGGGAAUCCUCCAAUGCUAAGUAGCUUUCUGAAAGCAGUUUUUUUUGUGAAUAUUCCUACGAUCUAGCACAAGUGUUGAAAGCCCUUUAGGUUGGUUAAUUAUGACUUGACCGGAAACUCUCCAAAAUGUUCAUGAUAACGGCAGCUUUAGAAUGAUGAACCUCGGUUAACGAAAACUCUGACAUGUCUGGAGACUUUUCCGAAUGUAACACAUCGCUGACCCUGAAUCCUCUAUACCGCUUUCAUA